AUGCCUGCCUACCAUUCAAUCUUUCUGGGCGAUACCGGAGUUCAGUUAAUCGGAAAUUUCCCUCUCCUGCCUCUCCGAACGAAAACAAGGGGACCUGCCUACGCCCUGCCUCCGCUUCCACCAUCUGUGUCCCCAUCAGAUGUUGAUCCAGACUCGGAAUCAUACGACAUUCUUGACGAAACGCUCUCACUCUUCCGCGCUAACACUUUCUUCCGCAAUUUCGAAAUCAAUGGACCCGCUGAUCGAUUGCUGAUUUAUGGUAUCCUCUUCCUCUCGGAAUGUCUCAACAAGGUGAAAUCGAAUAUGGAUCAGCGAAGUGCAGAAAAGGCAUUGAUCAACGGGGCAUUGGAACAGUUCGCAAUACCGGGUGACGCCAAUUUUCCGUUAAAUCAAGCCUUCGAGGCACCGAGUGAUAGGCAGCAGGCAGAACAGCUAAGAGGAUAUUUAAGCCAGGUCAGGCAGGAGUUGGCAAUGAGGCUAAAUCAGAGGUUGUAUGAGGGUGGGGCCGGACCAAGUAAGUGGUGGCUUAGUUUUAAGAAAAGGGAGUUCAUGGGUCGGAAAUUAUGA